AAUUUGAUCACCCAAUCCCCUGUCAAAAUCACGCUCAUAUAUAGAUCUGCCAGUAUAUUAUUCACAUUUCUCUCAACCCAAUUCUCCAAAAUUGUACUAUGAUAAACUAAAAUAGGAGAAAAAAGAUUAUUUUUCAGACUCUCCAUCGCCGUCGCAGCCGCCGGAGACGUCGCCGUUGUGCUGGUAGCUACUGCGUAGUUAUUGAGUAGAUCUUGAGAAGCAGUUAGGGCAAAUGGAUUCAUCGCCUUCCCGAUUGGGAAGGUACGAAAGCAAUCUCGCCAAUCACAGUAGCAAAAUUGUCCGGAAUUCGUCGUCGUUGGCGAAAUCGAUUUCCGAUUCCGGCAGUCAAAGUCUAGCUUCAAUUCUUAAUAAUCCACACGCCGGAAAAUCGGACUACUGGUGGUCACCAACGUCCUCCAUCCCCGCGCCAGAAUUCGCGCCUUUACCCGCUGCCAACUCUGCCGGCAUCCCGAAACCCGGAUCCGAAGUGAACAAACCUGAUUUCGGACCCUAUCUUAGCUCCAUUACCGAGCAUUACAGUCGUUUCCACGAUAUUCAGCAGCAUGAAUCGCUCGAGGGGCAGGACAGUGAGUUCGCAGGCCAGGGCGAGGCAUUGGUGGCUUGCUUGAGGGAAGUUCCAGCUUUGUACUUCAAGGAGGACUUUCAAUUGGAAGAUGGCGGGACUUUUAAGGCGGCGUGUCCGUUUAAAACGACGGCGGAGAAUUUAGUUCUGCAGGAGAAGCUCUCGCAGUACUUGGAUACGGUGGAGCUGCAUUUGGUAAAGGAGAUUUCGCUCCGGUCGAGCUCUUUUUAUGAGGCGCAAGGGCAGUUGGAGGAUUUAAAUGCUAAGAUUGUUGAAGGUUGUAAUAGAAUUAGGGAAUUGAAGGAGACUAUAAGGCUUCUGGACUCUGACUUGGUGGGGUCGGCAAGGCGGGUACAGGAGGUCAAUGUUCGGAGGGAAAAUAUGGUUGCUUUGAGGAAAAAGUUGAUGCUUAUACAGUAUGUGAACCAAGCACUCUCAACUCUCAAGUUGCUUAUUACUUCUGCAGAUUGUGCUGGAGCUUUAGAUGUUACUCUUGAUUUGCAGCAUUUACUGGAUGGCAAUGAGCUGACUGGUAUGCAUUGCUUUCGUAACCUUCGUGAUCAUGUAGCAGCUUCUGUGGACUCUAUUAACAGUAUCCUUUCUGCAGAAUUUCUGCACGUGACUAUGCAUGACGAGGUCAGCAUUGAGGGUGUAAGAGCUAGCACCAGCAUAGCUACAAAUGGAAAGGAGGAGAAGACUGAGUUAAAUGAAGAAGAGGUGUCAAAUCUUCGUGAUCGGCUUCUUCCUGUUAUUAUUGGAUUGCUUAGAACUGCAAGACUCCCUGCUGUGUUGAGAAUAUAUCGUGAUACACUUACUGCUGAUAUGAAAGCUGCUUUCAAGGCAGCAGUUUCUGAGCUGCUUCCAGUUCUUGUUGCGAAAUCUUUGGGCUUGGAGUUUAUUUCAGGUGGAAGAAUGGUGAAUACAGAUGGGGGAGGUUCCUCGCUUGCAGAUAAGCUGAAAAAUCUGUCACCUGAAUGCUUUCUCCAACUUUUAAGUGCUAUUUUCAUUGUCGUACAGGCACACUUAGUGCGAGCUUCUGAAGUAAAAAAAGCAAUUGAGUGGAUAAUGUGCAGUCGUGAGGGUCAUUAUGCUGCUAAUACUGUUGCUGCUGCAAUAGCAGUUGGUGCAGCAGCUGCAGAAACAACUCAAGAGACUGAUAGUCAUGGCAGUAAUCUCUUGUCAUACUCAUCUAUCGGAGAUGCUAGAGACAAUGAUGCAACAAGGCCAUCAGAUUCAUCAGGAGAUUUUCGAACUGAUGUUUUAAGGGAGAACACAGAAGCUGUGGUUGCUGCUUGUGAUGCUGCUCAUCAUAGAUGGGCAAAGCUUCUUGGAGUGCGUGCUAAAACUCAUGAAAAGUUGAGGUUACAGGAGUUUUUAAGUGUUUAUAACUUGACUCUGGAAUUCAUGAAUGUAACAGAGAAGAUUGGUGGAAGGUUGGGAUACAGCAUUCGUGGGAUAUUGCAGUCACAGGCUAAAAAUUUUGUUGAGUGCCACCAUGAAUCUCAGAUGACCAAGAUGAAAGCUAUACUUGAACAAGAAAAUUGGAAUGAAAUAGACGUGCCUGAGGAAUAUCAGAACAUUGUCACUUCAUUGUUUUCUUCAGAGUCGCUAGUAAGUGGGGACACAGAUGAUCCUCCUGUUGAUAUAGCGACAAGGAAUGGUGAAAUGGGCACAAACGGUGAUGGUUCAAAUUCAACCCAAAAU